CAAGUGGAGGUUGUUGUUGAGUUUUUGCUGAUUAUUUACUGGAUCGUAGGUCAAGAAAGUAUGGCUCGUCCAAAGGUCUUCUUCGACAUUACGAUUGGUGGCAGAAGUGCCGGUCGCAUAUUGAUGGAGCUGUACUCGGAUAUCGUGCCGAAGACUGCCGAAAAUUUCCGCUGUCUUUGCACUGGUGAACGAGGAAUGGGCAAGAGCGGUAAACCGUUGACCUUCAAGGGUUCCAAAUUCCAUCGUGUCAUCCCCAAUUUCAUGCUUCAGGGUGGAGACUUCACUCGUGGCAACGGAACUGGUGGUGAGUCGAUUUACGGUGAGAAAUUCGCUGAUGAGAACUUCCAGGUGAAUGCUUUGUUGGUUUGA